AUGGCCUUCUUCAAGUGUUUCAAGAAAGGCACAGUUACUAUUCUUGAGGAUGAAAGUGAUAACUGGGACGAAGGUACCACAUUGCUUGUAGGUGCGCCUCUCCUAGCUUCGGAAGUAUCUGAGGUGGACAAUUCUCUUCAUAUUCUGUCUUGGUCUCAAGAGAUGUUUUGUCAACUUAGCAGCUUCAAAAAAUCCAAGUCUACAGAUAGGGACCUUCACUCCACUGUUUCACAGUUAAAAUCCUCCCAUCAUACAGAUACAGGUUCAUCGAAGGCGUUCGAGCUUCUUAGCGAUCGAAUCCAUAAUGGAGCAGUGAAUUGGAGUUCUGCUCUCCCGACAGUUGGUGAAUCUACAUUUACUGACUAUGAUCGACAUGCUCCAGUCAUUCGAGCCUUUUGCGAGUACUGGUGUCGUGCAACAAAUACUCUUCAUAUGUCGCAAGGAGAGAUGUCUAUUUCCCUUUGGGAUCUUCACGAAAUUGGUGGUCUCACUAUUACAGGUCGAUUUUAUGAUGAAGUUAUUCCAACCACUGAGAGUCUCAACAGGAAGGAUCAUAAAGGCGUGUCUUAUAUCCCACACAUUUGUCGCUACUUAUUCUUAGCAUAUCACAAGAUUUUACAGGAUUCUAAAGGAAAAUCUGGACCUUCAAGGAAAACCAUACGGAACAAGUCACAAAAGCCAAAGGAGGACUCUGAUCCAUCUGGUAUCAUUCCGACAGCACUGAAGCGCACUAAGGAAGAGGAAGGGGUUUGA